UUUUUUCAGCUCGUACCAUGUGCCACACGAUCACACAGCUUGACGUGCCUCGAUGGGCUGACCCUAGGAUAGACGCAGAACUACGCUGUCAAUAUAUGCGACAGCCAGACGACCCAGCGCUGCAUUCUGUGAAGUGGUACAGGGGGAAACAUGAAAUCUUUAGAUAUACGUUUCAAGAAUUCGAAACAAGAUCCUUCAACAGCACAGGAGUAUCAGUAAUAAACAGUUCCUGUGAUCCUCUUCUAUGUGCAAUCAUGGUGAGGCCUGAACCCGGAACUGCGAGUUACACGUGCGAGGUUUCCAGUGAGGGGCCACGGUUUGCUGUUGACAGGCGAUCAGCUAAUAUGACGCUUUCUGUGCUGCCGGAGUAUGAGCCGCUAAUAACGGGAUUACCCACCAUAGUCCAAGCCGGUGAGCAAGCCUUUGUCAACUGUACAUCAGACUACUCGCUACCCCCAGCCAGGAUAGACUGGUUUGUCGACGGAGAAAUCCAAGAGGAUCCCAUAAUAACUGGAAAUACACACGUUUCGGGAGCUGAUGGGGAUGGUUUGCAGGCCUCGUGGCGCACACUUCACGUGUAUCCAGAUGACUACUCCACACAUCGUGGCUUUCUGUCGCUUGAGUGUCGUGCGACGUUGCCGACCCGACCCCCACACAUACGCAGCAUGGCCGUACGGCUAUUUGUGGCCAGUCGACCUCACAUAUCCUCUUAUAUGUUAAGUAAAAAUAGUGCUGUAUCAAGAAGUACCGUGCAUCAACUUCACUGUUAUUUAAGUAUAUGGACGAUAUUAUUAUUGGUGACAAGAGAAGUGCCUUUGCUAGUAAAAUGACUGUGACUCAAACGAAUUAAUAUCAACUCUCGCGGCGUAGUUUUUUGUUGCUAUCGUCAAUUACUUUUGUUGUUAAACCACUUACUAUACGAUAUUAUAAUAAUUUUUCUUACUUAUUUGCUUAAUGUUUAUUUGGUGAAACUUCGUGCCGUAUCCCACAAUUACAAAAGUAAGAAAUGAGAAUAAAAUAAACCGGUCUAUAAAAUGUUGUAUUACGUCAUUAUUUUUAGUAUAAUAUAAGUCUUUCUAGGCCUUUUCUAUGCAUUAUAAAUGCACAUUUUUCUACUUUGAUCGCGCACUAUUGUACAUAAAUUAGUAUAUUGGUUGUAUAACAACGACUAAUUAUUGUUUAGUAAAAUUAAAUGUUAUUGAAAUUCGGGUUAACGUCGAAUAGGCAAUUUAAUAAACAAUUUGUGUGUUAAAUGUAUUUUGUACAGUCAUUAUUAUUUUGGCUUAUUUCUUCAUGUGUAAUGUAAUAAUUUUAAAAGAUUUGUUUGGCGAAUAUUUGAUAAAAUAGUUAAGGUAAAAUAUAAAAUCUAUUGUAAAUAAAUGUGCCAAAUGUUAAUUCUCCAAAUAAUAAGACUAAGCGAAAACAAUAGGAUAUACCUAUAACUGAUGGUUGGUAUUAGCAGUCAACUGCUACAUCCAUAAACAAAUUAUCGCUUUUUUGCCCGCUUAUUUCGUGGGUAAAAAAACAUUUGAAUUUUUUGUAAUUAAUCUCGCCAGAGAAGUACAGCAAUGUUUGACGAGCUUGGAGGAGGAGAAACUCAAAUAGAAAGCUGUCUAUAUCGUUAGGCAACAGUCUCUUCAGACCAUUCACAUCAAGCGCCUCGAUCAGUAGCAUCUUUCAUUAACUGAUUAUCCGUAAAAAUUGAGGAAUCCAGUAGAAGAACACUAGACUUAAUGCAAAUUGUGUUAGAGCCGCCGAGAAAAGUAUUGUGCUCACUGUAAUCUUGUUUUGUUUAAGAUCAAAUUAUUACUUAUUAUUUACAAUGUGAAUCAUUACGUAAAUGGUAUCAGUGCAGAUCUAAAUUUAUAAUUGUUGAAACAUUUUAUGAAAAUUAAAAUCAUACUUAUAAUAUUAUAUAAAUAUUUUUUUACGUCACAAUUACUACGGUUUAUUGGAUUAUAACACUGUUAUUAAUUAACGUAUUUAUUUUUCCUUAAUACAUUCUCUCAUUAUUUUAUGAUAAUUGAUAAAACUUUCCUAUCAUUUAAAUCCAUUUAAAAAUCUGGAAACUUCUACCUACUAAUUUAAUAAACUAUAUAUGUAAAGGUUAUAUGUUAAUAUUUAAGGGAAACAUUAUAUAAGAAAAUUAAUCAGAAAGUAGAACACACCUCAACAUAAUUUUCAAAUCAAGGACGUUAGCCAACAUUAAAAUAUAAUUUUACCCGUUCACGCUAGCCAAAAUUCCAUUAAAAAUUCCCUUUUUACACUCAUUUUCCUUCAAGUUAACCCAGGGCUGGCUAUAAUCCAACUUAAUUUUACUCGAAGAAUACUUGCCAUGUAUAAGAUUUAUAUUCACAAGUUUGAUAAUCUUUUAAAAUUCCUGUUUUGUUUCUAAGCUCGAAACUUUUCUAAUUUUAAUUUU